CAAUAGCAAACUGUUCCCAACUGACUAUAGCGCUGUGAACCAUGUACACUGUACAUGUAUAACGUGACAUAAUAGCUAUAAGAGGGUUCAGAAGUUGCCUGGAGACAGAGGUAGGGAGCCUUUCCCUCCUGGGGGCCUGGAGGCCUUGACUGGGUGUAUGGCUCAGCACUGUCAGGUGAUUAGCACAAGACCACGGGCUUAAUCCCUCCAAACGGCACUCCGUCAGAACAUAAAAUACUGUGGGCAGGGCCACAGUCUCAGACUUUAACAGUGCCGCUCGCAUCUCCACCAUCACUGUGGACAAUUUUAAGAACACACUCGAUUCCACACUUGUUUAGGGUGGCUAAUGAGCCAGAUCGCCGAGGCGCGAGAGUGUGCAAAUUGAUUGUUAGCGGAGGGAGAGGACAGCCGUGGGUGGAGAGAGAGAGAGAGAGAGAGAGAGAGCCAUGCGGGCCGUUCUGUUGCUGUGUGUGGUGUGUGUAUGGAGCCGGCCGGGGUUUGUGGGAGCUCAGUUCCCCAGGGCUUGCUGCACUGUGGAGGGGAUCGUCUCCAAGCAGUGCUGCCCGGCGCUGGGCUCUAAUCCAGCCAACAUGUGUGGGACUUUAUCUGGACGAGGAAACUGCUCCGAUGUCAGAGUGGAUACCAAGCCUUGGGGUGGACCUUACAGACUGAGAAAUGUGGAUGAUAGAGAGAGAUGGCCAACAAAAUUUUUCAAUCGUACCUGCCGGUGCAAUGGUAACUUUGCGGGCUAUAACUGUGGGGAGUGUAAGUUCGGCUGGAUGGGGCCUAACUGUGACCAGAUGAAGCCCCGUGUGGUGCGGAGGGACAUCCACUCUCUGACCCCUGCUGAGCUGCAGGUCUUCCUGGACGUGCUGGAUCGGGCCAAGACCACCACACACCCCGACUAUGUCAUCGCCACCCAGCACUGGCUGGGUAUACUGGGGCCCAAUGGCACCGAGCCCCAGUUUGCGGAUAUCUCCAUUUAUGACUUCUUUGUCUGGCAGCAUUAUUACUCGGUCAGAGACACUCUACUAGGACCAGGACGACCAUUCAAAGCCAUCGAUUUCUCCCACAAAGGCCCUGCCUUCAUCACCUGGCACAGGUAUCACCUCCUCAGCCUGGAGAGGGAACUACAAAAACUGACAGGGAAUGAAAACUUUGCCGUCCCAUUCUGGAACUUUGCCACUGGGAAGAAAGAAUGUGAUGUGUGCACAGACUCUCUCCUGGGGGGACGCGAUCCUAACGACCCCUCCCUCAUCAGCCCCAACUCCAGAUUCGCCAGAUGGGGAGUGGUCUGUAACAGCCUGGAUGACUACAACCGGCUGGUCACUCUCUGCAACGGCACCAACGAGGGCCCCCUGAGGAGAGGAGUGAUGGAGCGGACCAACCUGACCCUGCCCACCAUGACCGACGUCAGGAGCUGCCUCCGGCUUAGGGACUUUGACAGCCCCCCCUUCUUCACCAACUCCACAUUCAGCUUCAGGAAUGCUCUGGAGGGCUAUGACAUGCCUGACGGAGAGCUGGACAGCUCAGUAGCCAAUCUGCACAACCUGGUCCACUCCUUCCUCAAUGGAACCAGCAGCCUGUCCCAUUCUGCUGCUAAUGACCCUAUCUUCCUGCUGCUCCAUGCGUUCACCGACGCCAUAUUUGAUGAAUGGAUGAGGAAGUUCCCAAGAAACUCCAGCUACCCUGAUGAGAUGGCACCUAUUGGGCACAACAGGCAUUACAACAUGGUGCCAUUCUUCCCCCCGGUCACCAAUGAGGAAAUCUACGUGGCCUCAGCAGACCUGGGCUACUCCUAUGCUGUGGAACUGGAGGAUGCGGAGGGCACGCCGGUGGUGGUGCUGGGCUCUGCCCUGGGCGGAGUGUUCCUGGGCCUGCUGCUGCUGCUGCUGCUGCUCGGCCUCUACGUCCAGCAGCGGAGGAAGAGAGGCUUUGAGCCCCUCAUCCAGGCCCAGUUCACCAACAAGAAAUACACCGAGGAGGCAUGAGGCCUGCGGCCACCAAAAGGCUCAGACAAGCACCUUGCACAACAUGUAAACAUCAGUCUGGGAGGGCUCCUGUAAGGAUGUUAUGUUGUAAUCAGAUUUCACAGUCUCAGAAAGCUCACCACUUUCUUACUCUAAGAUCCCUGCUGGGAUUCCUUUACAGAUGUACUGUAUGUGAUUAAAUGUAUCUCUUCUGAUAUACUUGAAAAUACAUGUUAUUCAGAAAUGCUUUCUUCUAAAUCAGCACAUUUGCCUUAUAAUGAUAAGAAAGCGGACACAUUUUGAAACAUAUUUAUUU